UUUAGGAACUUCGCUUCUAUCACUUCUGCUUGUCUCACUGGAAAUUCUUGACCUCGGACUGUUUGACCAUUCUUGAUCUGAUCUCCUUGUGUGUUGUUGACCAUUCUUGGGGUGUUUGAAUGACGAUUCGGCUACUAUGUCUCCAGCCCUGUUUAAGAAGUGCGACAUCUGUGGGUGCAAGAUUCCCAGCCAGGACCCACACUCUUCAUGUCUUUUCUGCCUGGUUGCGGUAACUCAAGAAGAAGGAAAGUUUGUGGAGUAAAAGUCCCAAUGGCAGAACUGUCUGCCCACUUAUCACAGGUCCAGCGUGGGCAAGUGAGAGAGACCUCCCCUGACAACCAUCUGACCAAUACAGUGGCAUCUCUGACCUGUGAUCUGUUUAAUGCUAAUCAGAAUGACAAUGUUGAAAGACGACGUCAGGAGAGUAGCGGUCAGAGACGCAGUGAUAAUCCUGAUGCAGCAUCUAAUGGACAGCCACAGCAUAGUACUCGGCAAGUGGUGGAACAAGAUGACGAUGAUGAUGAAGAAGAGCUGACACUGAAAUAUGGCGCAAAGCAUGUGAUCAUGCUAUUUGCGCCUGUCACCCUUUGUAUGGUGGUAGUUGUUGCAACCAUUAAGUCUGUCAGUUUUUACACACGCAAGGAUGGACAGUUAAUCUACACACCAUUCACAGAAGAUACAGAAACAGUUGGACAAAGAGCUCUGAAUUCUGUUUUGAAUGCAGCCAUUAUGAUCAGUGUCAUCAUUGUCAUGACCAUACUCCUGGUUGUGCUUUAUAAGUACCGGUGCUAUAAGGUGAUCCAUGGUUGGCUCAUCGUUUCUUCUCUCUUCUUGCUUUUCUUUUUCUCAUUUAUUUACUUAGGGGAGGUUUUUAAGACUUAUAAUGUUGCUAUGGACUACGUUACUGUUGCACUCAUGAUCUGGAACUUUGGUGUAGUAGGCAUGAUUUGUAUUCACUGGAAAGGCCCUCUCCGGCUUCAGCAGGCCUAUCUCAUUAUGAUAAGUGCUCUAAUGGCCCUGGUAUUUAUUAAAUAUCUUCCUGAAUGGACUGCAUGGCUCAUCUUGGCAGUGAUUUCAGUCUAUGGUAAGAAUUUCAUCCCAAAUACUUACUUGAAAUAUCACUGGUUUAUUUUGCUUUUCUGCACUUCAUGCUUGAUGCUUUUCCAUGGAAAAGAGGGAGUCAUUUGUUUUCCAUUUUAGAGGCCUUUGUCUAAAGAGGAGUUUGUCUGGUGAAUCAUGAUAGACAGUACUAAAGGGGUAUAUUUUAUUCCCUACAGCUAGCUUCUAUGAGAUGUUUCUUGUCAAUUUUGUCGUCCACAACCACCCUGCAUAAAUGUGUAAUUUACGUAAUUGUCUCAGGAACGAUCUAAUGACAACUUUGACUACUGUUUGCAAUUGGGAUAUUGCUUUUACAUGGUUUGACAUAUCAGAUGAUAGGCUGUAUGAUCUGCUGUAAUGUAGCUCAUAUUUGUAGAACCCUGAAAGCUCAUUCUAAAGUAUGCUUUUCUUGCUUAAUAUGAUCUACGUAAAGAGUCAAAAGUGUGUUUGGAAUUAUU